AUGCCUGAAACACAAAGCAGCAAAAGUGGAAAACAUAUUCAAGCUCCAGAAGUUCAAAGUAUUCAUGAAGUUGAGGUUCAGAAUGUUGAGAAGAAAGCAGGUGAUGAUGAUGAUGAUGAUGAUGAUGAUGAUGAUGUUGUUAUCACUGAUGAAAGGGUUUCUACACCACCACCACCACCAGAAAAUCCUGAUGUUGCAGAGACUUCAAAGCCAAAGAAAACCUCUCUACCUGAUCUAUUUGAAGGUUUUCCAAAUGUUCGUGGUGAAUACACUGAUGACAUUCUUCUUUAUGAAGAAUACGAUAUGUUUCAUGAUGCAACAGUCAAAGAUCUAAAAAAGAAAGUAAGUAUUCUCGAGAAAGAAAAGGCAAAAGCUGAAGCUGAUCGUGAUGAGUUGAAGCAACAGCUUGAGAAGUUGACUAAAGUGAAUAAGGAAAUAAAAUCUGUUGUGAUCAAACAUGCAAAUAAUAUAAAGUCAUUGGGUGAAGAUGUGGAUGAUAACGCUAAGCUCUUUGAGCAACUAUCUAUGGAGAUUUCUGAAUUGCAUGUGAAGAACACAAACAUGAAUGAUACUAAUCAAACACUCCAUCAGAUGUUACAAGAACUUCAUGAAGCGUCUGCAAGUGAAAUCAAAGUGUUGAAGUUAGAGAUUGAAGCACUUAGAGCAGACAAAGCAGUAAAAGAUGAGCAGCUUAACAUGUUAUAUACUGUGAUGGAACAUCAUCUGGGAAUCAACGUUCAAUCUAUCUACAACAACUUGGAGAUUCAAAGGGUUGAAGAGCGAAGGGCUCAGAGGGAGAAAAAGUUGGUUCAGGAAGCAACUCAGAAAAGGAAAGGAUUGGUUGUUGAUACUAAAGAAACACUUGGUUCUUCGAGUCAAACUGAAGUUGAUGUUGAGAUGGUAAAUGCUGCAGUGAAUGAGCAACAAAGCUUCGUACUUGUUGGUGAAGCUACUUCUCUCUCUUAUAGUUUUGAUGACAUCAUUCGCCUUGUGCAAGUUAAACAACGUAAAAGGAAGGUGAAAGAACCUGAAGUGAUGUUAUUACGAUGGAAAGAAGAGGAGAAGGAAGCAGAAAAUAUAGAAGAUGAAGAGUUAGAGCGUAUUCUUGAAGAUGUUGAUAACUACGAUCCUUCAUGGGAUGAUUACAAAGAUGAUGAUGAAGAUCAAGGCUCGACAGGGUUGAUUGUUAUGCCUUCAGUCCAACAAUCGUUGGAUGAUUUUCUAAACGAUGAGAUCAAUGAGCAGGAAGAGGAUCAACACCAGGAGUCUUCUUCUUCUGGAAAACAACAUGCUGAGCAGGUAUUCCUCACACAACCAACUAUUAUAUAUUUGAAUGCUCCAUUUGAGGGGGAGAUGGAAGUACCUAGGUCUAGAGCUGAGAUGUUAGAAGAAUUGGGGUUAGAUGAUGGAAAAUUUAAGUUUGAUAUUGAGGAUGAGAUUCCUUCAUCACCUAAAAAGGAGUAUGACUUCAAAUAUGCACAUGAAGCUGAUAAUUUUCAUCAUGUUGAAGUUAAAGAUUGUUCAGAUAGUUCUGAGGAAGAUACUCCGUUCCACUACUCUGGAAUUGAUGAGUCAUUUCUGACACUUGCUGAAAUGUUCAAGGAACAUAAUGAAGAUGAGAUUAGAAGUAAAGUUGUGGAGAAAAUAAGCACUGAAGGUAUUCCUAGAACAAUUCCACGACGUUGGCAGAAGAAAGAAAGAAAUGGUUUAAGAUGA